UCAAUCAGGUAUGUCAUUCAAAAUUUGCAUUUUGCUUUACUGUCUUUAGUAUUUUUAAUUAUUAAUUCGUUUUACAACCAGUAAUCUGAGUAUUGGUUUUUCUCGAUAUUCUAUAAAUUAAUUUACUAAAACCCUGGCAACCAACUACUUGAUUUAUUAAACUAUAAUGGUACGUGACAGAAGCCCCGACCGCCGACGGUCACGUUCCAGAGAGAGACGAGAAAGGGAUCGAUAUGAUGAGCGCGAGGCUCAUCGCGAUAAAACCAAACGAAGGGAAAGGUCCAGGAGCCCAAGAAAAGAUCGAGACAGAUCAAGAAGCCCGACAAGAAAAGAAAGAGAGCGAUCUCGUAGUCCUGCAAGAAAAGAUCGCGGGAGAUCACCGAAAAAGCGUGAAGGAAAAGAUAGAAAAUACGAAGAAAAAGAGAAGAGUAAGAAUAAAAGAGAUGAUGAAAUCAAACAAGAUGACGAGGAAGUACAAGAGCCUAAGACAGAAGAACCUAAACCUACAAAACGCGAGCCGCUCUCUUUAGAAGAGUUAUUAGCUAAGAAAAAAGCUGAAGAGGAAGCUAGAAGCAAACCUGUAUUUCUAACCAAAGAACAAAGAGCUGCUUUAGCACUUGAACGACGUCGGGAACAAGUGGCGGCUAUAAGAGCAAAUGUUGACAAACCAUCUAUAACAACAAUAGAUUUGACAGGUCCUACGAAAAAAGAAGAAGAGAAAAAACACAAAGAAGAAAGAGAUAGAGAAAAGGAACGAGAAAGGAGGGAAGAGGAAAGGGAGAAAAGGGAAAGGGAAAGGAAAUAUGAUGAAAGAAAAUCAACUAGUGAUAGGCGUGAUGACAAAAAAGAAAAGAAUGAAGAAUUUUCUAAAACAAAAGACAAAGAAAGAGAGGAAGAAGCAAUCAAGGCUCGUUAUUUGGGAAUUGUAAAGAAGAAACGUCGAGUCAGGAGGUUGAAUGAUAGGAAAUUUGUAUUUGAUUGGGAUGCUUCAGAAGACACAUCAAAUGAUUACAAUACAUUGUACAAAGAAAGACAUCAAGUACAAUUUUUUGGUAGAGGACAUAUUGCUGGUAUUGAUAUCAAAUCCCAAAAGAAAGAUCAUAGCAAAUUUUAUGGAAAUCUAUUGGAAAAACGCAGAACAGAAUUAGAGAAGGAACAGGAAAAGUUACGUCUGAAGAAGGUGAAGAAAAAGGAAGAUAAGCAAAAAUGGGAUGACAGACAUUGGUCUGAAAAGGAUCAAGAUGAAAUGACUGAGAGAGAUUGGCGUAUUUUCAGAGAAGACUACAAUAUUACAAUCAAAGGUGGUAGAAUUCCUAACCCUAUCAGAUCAUGGAAGGAAGCAGGGUUCCAUAAUGAUGUAAUGGAAAUAAUAAAUAAGGUAGGCUACAAGAGUCCCACUCCAAUUCAACGACAGGCUAUUCCAAUAGGACUUCAGAAUAGAGACAUUAUUGGAGUAGCAGAAACUGGUUCUGGUAAAACUUUAGCUUUCCUUAUACCAUUAUUGACAUGGAUACAGUCUCUUCCAAAGACUGAACGUUUAGAAGAUGCUGAUCAAGGUCCAUAUGCUAUUAUAUUGGCCCCGACACGUGAAUUGGCACAACAAAUUGAAGAAGAAACCAAUAAAUUUGGACUUCCAUUAGGUAUUACAUCAGUUGUUGUUGUUGGUGGCUUGUCAAGGGAAGAGCAAGGGUUCAAGUUAAGAAUGGGUUGCGAAAUUGUCAUUGCCACACCGGGGCGUCUGAUAGAUGUAUUAGAAAACAGAUACUUGGUAUUGAAUAGAUGCACUUAUGUAGUCUUGGAUGAAGCUGAUCGUAUGAUUGACAUGGGUUUUGAACCUGAUGUACAGAAGAUUUUGGAAUACAUGCCAGUAACAAAUAUAAAACCGGACACAGAUGCAGCUGAGGAUGCGUCAGUUUUAUUAGCCAACUACAACACAAAGAAAAAGUACAGACAAACUGUGAUGUUUACUGCUACUAUGCCACCAGCAGUUGAACGUCUAGCAAGAAGCUAUUUGAGAAGACCAGCUAUUGUAUAUAUUGGUUCUGUUGGAAAACCAGUAGAUAGAACUGAACAAGUUGUCUACAUGAUUGGUGAGAAUGAAAAACGUAGAAAGUUGACUGAAAUUCUACAACGCGGUGUCGAACCUCCUAUUAUCAUUUUCGUCAAUCAGAAAAAAGGUGCAGAUGUUCUUGCAAAAGGAUUGGAAAAGCUUGGGUUUAAUGCUUGUACAUUGCAUGGUGGUAAAGGUCAAGAGCAGCGUGACUUUGCUUUGGCCAGUCUUAAAAAUGGUUCUAAAGAUAUACUUGUAGCUACAGAUGUCGCGGGUCGUGGUAUAGAUAUCAAAGACGUGAGCGUGGUCAUAAAUUACGACAUGGCGAAGACUAUAGAAGACUACACGCAUCGUAUUGGUCGUACAGGGCGUGCUGGCAAAACUGGUAAAGCAGUCUCUUUUGUUACUAAAGAAGAUUCUGCACUAUUUUAUGAUCUUAAACAGGUUCUGCUUUCAAGUUCUGUAUCUACAUGUCCACCUGAACUAAUGAAUCACCCAGAAGCACAGCAUAAACCUGGUACAGUGGUCACUAAAAAGAGACGGGAAGAAAUGAUAUUUGCUUAAAAUACCAUUAAUAUAUUUACAAUAAGUGAACUCUUUUUUUGUUGAUACAUUUAUUUUACGUAAGAAAUUAUACUAACUUACUAAGUAUAUAAUUCAUAGACUGACAACAUGAUAGAAAUCAGAAAGUUACAGUAUUGUUAAAAAUUCUGAUAAAACUGUAUAUUUUUUUACUAUGCUUAUGUAUGGUUAUAUAUCUGGUAAAAUACCUGAAUAUUUUUGGAGUUAUAGGUAUUGUGUCAUGCAAGUAAAUUACCUAUACAAAUUCUAGUGAUUAAGCGAUUUACGUACGUAUAAAGAUAACGUGUGCUACAAGCUCAUGCACUAUACAUUACAGCCUUUCAAUAUUGUACCUGAUUUGAGAGGUAAACUUAUAUGGAAUGAAAUGAGAAAUACGGCUCUACUCCCAGAACCCUGAAUCGAAAACUUUAAAACCCAUGUUAUAAAUGUCAUUUGAAUUGUACAAUGUAGUACUUUUUAGGGUCAAUGCAUAUUUUAUAAGCUUGUACGUAUUAAGUAGUAGUACUAUCACGUUAUAUUGUUAAUAUAAAAUAUGUGAUCCAAUUUAAUGUAAAAUAAAUCUCAAUUAUAUAAAUAUGCAUUUUAUUUUAUUACAUUGUCAUAGAUAAAUUUACACUGAAGUCAACUAUCAGGCAAU